AUGUCAGAAGAGAAGAAACAACUACAGAAACGACUGAAACCGCUCUACGAUGAGGUGUUGAAGAUCAAGGAGCCCAAUGGGCUUGAAAUUUAUCCUAUAUUUCAAAUCUUGCCACCUAGAAAAGACUAUCCAGACUACUACAGGGUAAUAAAACACCCUAUGUCUUUGAGCACAAUCAAAAAGCGGCUCAGCCACCAUUACGGCAGUGCAAACGAGUUUGUGCGCGACCUGGUUCAGAUCACAUGGAACGCUAGAACGUAUAACACGAAGCAGUCGGACAUAUACCUUUACGCGACGAUCUUGGACGAUUAUAUAAAAGCGCACAUUAUUCCCGAGCUUCGCAAGUUCGACUCAAAGGUUUCUUACCCUAACCUUGGCCCACUCCCAGAUGAGAUCGACUCCGCGUCGCGGGCACACAAAGACCAAGAUGUCACCGACAUUCCUGUGAGCAAUGAGAUUCUGGCUACGAGCAAUGGCGCCGACAGCGGCAACGGCGCUGACGACACUCACGAGCAAGAUGAUGAUGAGGACUAUAAUGCCCAGCAGCAGGAAGAGGAUGAGGACGAAGAGUACACGGAACAGAAAAAACCACUGCCUAAAAUUCGCAUUCCCCCUGCAACGCAAUCUCCUGUACCUCAUCAGCUACCUUCCCAUUCUAUGACGCCGACACCUUUAUACCAGAGACACCAGCAGCAAAAAACCCACAUGAGACGUGGUAGACCACCGGUUAUAGAUCUGCCAUAUGAGCAGCGUAUCAAAAAUGUCCUGAAGGUGCUGAAGAAGGACAUCAACGAAAGAGGCGAGAACAUCACUGCUGCUUUCGAUCGGUUACCUGACGAAGAGCGGGAACCGCAAUACUACGCUAUGAUUGCCAACCCAAUCUCGGUGGACGAUAUACGGAAAAAAGUCAAGCAAAGGAAGUACAAAACCUUCCAGCUGUUUCAGCAGGACUUCAAGCUGGCCAUAAGCAACUACCAGCUUUAUCAUCGUUCACAACCUGCGGAACUAAGGCGUGCCGCAGAACUAGAGAAACGUUUCAAUGAGUUAGCUCAGUAUGAACUUUCACGCCCAGAUGAGGACUACAUGACCGAUGGUGAGCUCAAGUACCCAAUGAACCAAGUGGAACAUAAUGGCUCGACUUACAAGAUUGGCGAUUGGAUCCUAAUUCACAAUUCUAACGAUGCUUCGAAGCCUACUAUUGCGCAAAUUUUCAGACUGUGGCAUACCUCCGACGGAAGACGCUGGCUUAAUGCGUGCUGGUACCUAAGGCCAGAGCAAACUGUCCACCGUGUUGACAGACUGUUCUACAAAAAUGAAGUUGUUAAAUCAGGCCAGUAUAGAGAUCAUCUCGUUGAUGAAAUUGUUGGAAAGUGUUACGUGUGUCACUUUACCAGAUUUCAGAGAGGUGACCCCGACUUGGAAAUUGAAGGCCCUCUGUUUGUGUGUGAGUUUCGCUACAACGAAAGUGAAAAGGUCUUCAACAAGAUCAGAACCUGGAAAGGGUGUCUACCAGAAGAAAUACGUGAUGUCGAAGAGGCAACAAUACCUGUAUUGGGCAGGAAAUUUUUCAAGUAUGAGUCCCCUAUUAAACACUUGCUUCCUCCAAAUGCUACUGUCAAUGAUCCCAUUCCAAUGCCCACAGAAGGUGCAGUUAAUGCUCCACCUCUGGUGGGGGCGGUGUAUUUGAGGCCAAAGGUUAAAAAAGAUGAUCUAGGUGAAUAUUCAACGUCAGACGAAUGUCCUCGUUAUAUCAUGAGGCCUGGAGACCCUGUUGAACAUGGAAAAGUUGACAUUGAAACCGGCACUAUCGUCACGAAUACACAGACGACGACAGCGCUCCCUAAGGGUGGACCCUCAACUACCAGACUUGCAUCUUUGACUAAAAGUCGGAGUGCUAGUGGCUUGGCGAGCAUGCGUCAGUCGAACACUGCGGUCUACAAUCCGCCCGCCAUGAAAUCAACACAAUACUUCCCGCCAGGACAAUCACCUGCAUCAGGCCAGAGCCCGCUGCCCAUGCAACAAACGCCUCUACCUUCUCAAGCUUCUAUCUCCCAACAGCAGGCGAAUGGGAAAUCAGGGUCUGCCGGCAGCACGCCAGCUUAUCAGCCCCCCACAAUCAUCAACAGUCUAGCAGCCCAGGCGCGUACGAACAACUCCGUUAUCGGCACCAUUUCCACCGAUACGCCAGGCGCUUACGUGCUUCCGCUCCAGAUUACGAAAAACGUUGAGCUUCUGCAGAGAGCCGAUUAUAGCUCUCAAGCAAGAAGGCUUGGUAAGGACCAAGUUCCUAAACGGAAGCGGACGAAGGGCGAGGUGCUGUGGUUCAAGGGACCCAGUGUUGCUAUUACUGAGCGUCUCUUGAACUCUAAGAAUGAAUACACCGACAUUCCGCUGAACAGAUGGUUCAAAAAGCGUAGAAUGGAGUAUGAGGAGGUUGACGCGGAGGACAAUGAUUAUGUUAACGAUGACCAAGAAGAGGACAACCAAGGGGAUGAAGAUUCCGAGGACGAAGAAUCUUCUCUAGCAGGAACAUUCCCCCUGGGACUCAGGCCGUCGGUUUCUUAUAUGGCCUUCAAAAUAGCUCAGCAGGCCCAACACACACAGCAAGCCCAGCAAACGCAAGAAACGCAGCAAACACCGCAGACGCAGCAAACACAGCCUGCAACUAUUCAGGCCGAUUGA